CUGUGGCGGAUGUUGUCGGAAUAGACUGCGUUUCAGUGUUUGUUUAUAAUUUUUCAUUCAGAUGUUUGGAUUUUUAUGCAUUUUAUAAUGGUAUAAGCAUGCGAUUCCGCAUAUAUUGUGACAAAUAUGAAUCCCCCGACAGAUAGCAGGACUGUGGUGGAAUUAGCACCUCGCAACUCAUUGCUGCAAAUCCAGGGCAUUUUGAACAAAGGAACUGAUGAAGAGCUGAUCUGUUGGGGAUACAGGCCUUCAACAUGGAAGACAGUUGUGUUUUACACUGCAGCUGUCUUGACAUUAGGAAUACUUUUACUGGUUGUACAUUGGAGGCCAGAGCUGGGCUGUUAUUUAAGGUUGACCAAAUGCUCACUCCACAAGGCCAAGUAUAUUCUGUUGAAGACUCGAUAUGGCCACAUGAGCGUGAUAAAAGUUCAGUUUUUGACCGAGCAUAUUGAAGGGAAUACUCUUAAAGAAUUAAUAAAAGAACUUUUGAUUGAAAUUUAA